AUGGAUAUUAUGGUUAGGCGGUACGGUGGGUAUGAUAAGGUUGGAUUUACAUCAAGGGACCUUUACAAUUUCUGCCAUCGCAACAAGGCGGAGACACUUUCCGGUGGUGAUGCUCGAACAAUCAUCAGUUACAUGACAGAAUCGAAAUGUAGAGAACCUGAUUUCUUUUUCCAGUACAAGACUGAUGGGAGAGGGCACCUGACGGGACUGCUCUGGUGUGACUUUCAAUGUCAGAUGGAUUAUAGAGCGUUUGGUGAUGUCGUCGUGUUUGAUGGCACGUACAAAACAAAUCGAUACAACCUGACCCUUGUUCCUUUUGUUGGGGUGAAUCACCAUAAAAGCACGGUUCUUUUUGCCUGUGGAAUUCUUUCUCACGAGGAUACUGAGUCGUAUGUGUGGCUGCUUAGGUCAUUCUGUGAUGCCAUGAUUCAGAAGCAUCCGGUUUUUGUGAUCACCGAUGGAGACCGUGCUAUGCAGAAAGCAAUCAGUAUUGAUCUAAAGGAUAAGGUUAGGGGUUUUCUUUAUGAUCGUUGCUCCAUAGAAAAGAUUGAAAGGAAAUGGAUAGCAUUCUUGGCAAAGGAGAAAGUUAUAGAUAAGGACUCGUGGCUGUACCAGAUGUAUGAGAUGAGGGAAAUCUGGUGUGCGGCGUAUCAUGCUGGUAAGUGCUACUUAGGACUGAGGAGCAACCAGCGUAGUGAGAGCCUACACUCUAGGAUUCAGUUUAAUCUAGAUCAGAAAAUGACACUGUUAGAGCUGAUACAGCACAUUGACCACUGUCUUUCAAAGUUGCACAGUAAUGAAGCGUAUCUGGACUUUCAAGCAAGUUCUAAGCCAUGCUUACAACCAGAUGCUUCAACUAUUGAGAAAGAGGCUGCGAAUUUGUUCACACCAAGUGUUUAUUUUGCUGAUGUGCAGUACAGCGUAAAAGCAGCCGACAAGUGUUAUUGGAUUGAGACUGUAGAUGGCUAUGAUAUUGUUGAGUAUAUUGUUGGAAGGGUUGAUAAAGGAGACAAACAAUACUAUGUGAAAUUUAUAGUCCCUUGGAACCCCAUGCUCACACAUCUUCUUUGUAUUGGGUCGUCGAGGAGAACACAAGCUUCUAGGCUACUGUGUUUUGGAAAGGUGGACAAGGGGGCCAAGCGUGGAUUUCCUCCUAUAAGGAAGAGCGCCAUGUAUGACUAUUCCAAUAGCCUACAGAGGUACCAUGAGCUACACAAUAUCAGUCAAACGGCAUCCUUCGUAGCAUCUCAAUCACUUGAAGCAUAUGGGCGGCUAAAACGCGUUCUUCAUGAGGAAGCUGCUAUGAUCCCUCCAAAUGGAGGAGAGAAUGAAGGCAAGAGGUUUGGUCCUGUGCUGCCGCAAGCCCUGGAUGUUGAUUCUACAGAUGUCUUUGAUCCCAUACAUGUGCCUGGCAGAGGGGCCCUGAAGAAAAAGUUGAAGUCAGUUUCAGAUAAACUAAGAAGAAAUGUACCCUGUGUAAGGGUGAGGGUCACAAUCGACGAACAUGCUCCAAGAGAGAAGAGGUAA